UCUCCUUUCUCUCUUUCUCAUUCACUCCACAGUACUAUUGCCAAAAUUACGUCACGUUUCUUCAAGAGAUAAACUCGACGACGAGCAUUCUAUGUGGGACAAACUACCUUACUCCCAGAUGCGUCAUGUUUCAAACAGCGACACAGAGUGGUACGUUAAUGGGAGACCAAGACUGGAAUGCCGUGGGAAUCUCGGCAUCAGGCCCAGGCCAGGACGCAAUGACGUUCAUCAAAGUUGAAGGUGAAAAUAUGAUCACCUUUUUUUCUGGAGCGCCUACACAGAUUCGAUAUAACUAUGCCUUCAGUCGCACGGUGAUUGACCCCGAUAGUCCCGAUAGCGUGGUAGUGAGCACAGACACUAGUGUAUCAACCUGGAUUGAAUCGUCCACAUCCUUGGAUCCCAGUUUUAUUGGGCAGCCGAUAGAGUACAAUGGAAAGAUCUACUUCUUCUUCAGAGAGGAGGCGGUUGAAGCAAGGAAUGUUGCCAAGGUGGUCUACUCAAGAGUCGGACAAGUCUGUGCGAAUGAUGCUGGUGGAACUCAGGAUGGCGCUGGAAAAUUUACUACAUUCUUGAAGGCCCGCCUAAGCUGUGCAACAGCUGGAGAUUUUCAGAUGUCAUUCGACUACCUUCAUGGAAUCUUUAGAUCACCACAAAAUCAGAACAUCAUUUUUGGUGCCUUUACUACACCAGAAUUUUCAUUUGCUGCAUCCGCCAUUUGUGCCUACGACCUUGCAGAGAUAGAAGCCGUUUUUGCCACGUCUGCUUUCAAGGGCCAGAGUACAGGCAGCUCCCUGUGGCUUAACGUCCCCAAUAAUGAUGUGCCAGAAAAUCCCAGGCCAGGAGAGUGCUCGGCUCCGCAACCAAUCAGCAGCUACACCAAAUUCCAACUCAUGUCAAAGCAGGUUCCCAACAAAGCCGAUUACUCUUCGCCCCCUCGUACCGUUCUCGAUGCCAACAGCCCUCCCCUCAUCCUACUGCAGCUCUACCGCUUUCAAAAGUUGGUCGUCCAGGAAAUGGCCGUGUCGGGACUGGAGUUUGAUAUUUUCUUCCUCGGUACAAGUGAAGGUCAGAUUUUGAAAGCAUACAUCUAUGGUGAAACUCCCAGGAUAGUUGAGGAGAUUCUUCUUGAUCUUGAUAGUGAUGACGAGGCCAUCAAUGUUCUGAAAAUCAGUAAAGAUGGCACCCGAAUCUUUGCCAGCACAACAUCUAGAGUGUACAGUAUUCCGACGGAGAAUUGCCAGCGUUUCAAAACGUGUGCCGAGUGCGUCGAGGGGCAAGACCCCGCAUGCUCGUGGGAAGCAGCACAGGGCAGGCAAGGAUGUGUAGCUUCUCAUGAUGGAUUAAUGGACCUUGAAAAUGGAUCAAUUGCUCUAUGUCCCGUAGCAUCGUCAACCACGACGCUCCAGACGAGCCCGGCCACGCCGGCCACCGACACCACCGAUCAGACGCCCUCCUUGACGGGGACGACCACGGGCAAGGACGGACAAACGCCCAACUCCAAAACACAAACCGGUACAUCCAAUUCUUCGGAGAGCAUGGGAACCUUUCCCCGACCUCCACCUCCAGACAUAUCCGCCACCUCUACCACUCCUAGCCGAUUAACUUUCCGUACAACUCCACCACUACCGCAACCCACCACCACCGAGUACAAUCCUUUCAACUACACACCCGUGGAGCCCAAUAGUGGCCAACAACUAGUUUGCGAAUGUGAAGAAGGUCCCAGGAUGGAGCUGAGUAUCUGUUAUCCCUGGAUCCUGUCAUCGGUGCUUAUCGUGUGCUGCUGCAAUAUCCCAACGUGCAUUGCACUCUUCCUUAGCUGCAAAAAGAGGAAAAAGAACUAUUCCCCGUCCAACUUGAACAGGAAUCGGGACGCAUCUCAGAAGGUGCCGCUACGUUCCAUGGAGCGGCUCAACUCAGAAGUAGACGAAGAAGCCGAUGAACUGUGUCCCAUGACGCAAACGGACAAUGGCUCGCCUCACCGUUCCAUUAAUGAGAACUCGUUACACGAAAAGAAGAACGGACAGUCGUCAGCACCAUUGAGGAUACCCUCGACGGCUACACCCGUCCGGGGGACAACAGUUUCAGCAUCGGAAGCAUGAUAGUGUGUGUGUGUAGCUAAAUUUUUAAAGAAACAGCAUUCCAGAACUGAAAUUCACCAUCUUUCCCUGGUGCCUGAGUGCCGCCAACCGAGAUGGCGAGGAAACCCCUUUUGCCUUCUUGAUCGAUCACAAACCCAUUGUCACUGAUUGUGCACAGUACUAUAUUACAUGCACAGGUCAAGGCAGACAUGUGUGACCUCCGCUAGAGGUCAGGGGUCAAAGGUCAGCAUCCAGAGGCUGAGAGCAGGGCAUCUGCAUAUGGGUGGAGAGGGAUAAUGAUACAGCAGGAUUUGAGUCUAAACAAUGAGAAGUGCAAAA